AUGGAGAAAUCUCCACCAGUGACCGAUGCGAUUAAAGAGAUAAAGGUAAGAAGCAAUGUUCAUAUUCCUGAUGAUCUUGCCUUUUCCAUUCUAUCAAAGUUACCUCUUAAAUCCUUGAAGCGUUUUGAAUGUGUAAGCAAAUCAUGGUCGCUCUUGUUUGAAAACCCUCAUUUUAUGAACAUGCUUCGCAAUCAUUUUAUAUCUAAUACGCGUUCUGAUUAUGGUGAUACUUUUCUCUUCCUAAGUUCGGUUGAUCCGCCUCUUUCACAUGCCGCGUUCUAUUUGCUCUCAAAUGAGGGGUUUGAGAAUAGAAUCAAAUUUGAUUUGCCACCUCCAUUUCAAGAGGACGAUUCUUUACUUUACAUUUUAAGUUCAGUUUGUAUUAAUGGUAUUCUCUGCAUUGGGCAAGAUACUUGUAGAGGAAGAAGAAUGGUAAAUUCCUUCCGAGCUGUAUUAUGGAAUCCGGCUACCUCGGAUUUUAUGGUUAUUCCUUCUAGUCCUGAUGAGAAUGUACUACCAUAUCGGAGUCCAUUUUUUAAUUUUCAUGGAUUUGGUUACGAUCAUGUGAGAGACGACUAUAAAUUGAUUCGAUAUAUAUCAUUUUUUUCUGUAACCGACGAAGAUGAAGAUAUGCCUUGGGAAGAUAAAUCGUAUGAACCCUUGUUGAUGAUAUAUAGUCUUAGAAGUAACUCUUGGAGGAUACUCGAGAUCGAUAUGCUUGAUAUUCGUGAUUUUGAUUAUGCUCUACCGGAGGGAGUCUACCUGAAUGGAGUUUGUCAUUGGUUGGGUACUAGAGAUUUGUAUGGGAAUGAAGCUUGUUUGGUGUCAUUUGACUUGAGCAACGAGGUGUUGUUUAUGACACCUAUACUAUCAGACAUAAAUGAAUGCUGUGAGUUCAUAUUUAUAGGGAGACACUUAGUGGUGUUAAAUGAGUCUGUUGCUUUGAUCUCAAAUUGUUUCAAAGCUCCUACUUUUCACAUUUCAAUUUUGGGUGAAGUCGGUGUAAAGGAAUCAUGGAUUAAGCUCUUUAUUGUUGGGCCCAUACCUUCCAUCGAAUACCCCAUUGGAGUAGGGAAGAAGGGUGACAUUUGCCUCAUACAAGACAACAAAGAACUAGUCUGGCUUGAUUUAAGCACCCAAAUAACUAAAGAGAUUGGUGUUAAAGGAAAGUCAUAUGCUUGUCAGAUUGGAAUUUAUAAAGAAAACCUUCUUUCAACUGGAGUAUUUAAUAGUUAG